AUCGCUCCUGGUUACUAGUUCCGCUCCGCCGUCUCGUAUGAACGCAUGUUCUCAUGUAUGUAAGAGUACGCGAGGAAUGGCGAAAAACAAGGCGGAGGAAGACUGUGCAAGGUGAAGUAGGUGAAGCAAAGCGAAACCACGUUAUCCACAAGCGCCGUUCGGUAGGGGGAAAUAUGGGGGAAACCGGUGCGUUACGCGCUCCAGGCGCGCAUAUAAGUGUCAAUCGGCGUAUCGGCAGUCCAGUCUCAGUACCCAGCGACGUAGGUGGACGAGCAACGACAGCGCGAUUGCGAGCACGACGACAACGACGACGACGUCGACGAGUCUAGGUUUAGGACUGUUGCUUCGAACAUGAACUCAACGACGCGACAGCUGCAUCUGCAACCGAGACAGCGUCCAACGUUGGCGAACGCUUGUCACGGCCCGUUGCUGUUUCCAUGCAGGCCGUGGACGAACGAGACCGGCGUCGUCGCCGCCGCCGUCGCUGCUGCUUCCGGCAACGUGGGGCUUAAAGGGAUUAUUGCGGGUGGCAUCACUGGAGGCAUAGAAAUUUGCAUCACAUAUCCUACAGAAUAUGUAAAAACACAGCUGCAACUGGAUGGAAAAGCUGGUGCUGGCAAAGAAUAUACAGGCAUAGCUGAUUGUGUAACUAAAACUGUCAAGACUCGUGGAUUCUUUGGCUUGUAUAGAGGCUUAUCUGUCUUAGUCUAUGGUUCUAUACCAAAGUCAGCAGUACGAUUUGGUGCUUUUGAGUCAGUAAAAAAAAGAUUAGUAGAUGCAGAUGGAAAACUCAAUCCGCAAAGAAGACUUUUAGCAGGCCUUUGUGCUGGAGUAUGUGAAGCAAUCUUUGCAGUUACUCCUAUGGAGACUAUUAAGGUAAAAUUCAUCAAUGAUCAACGUUCAGCAAACCCAAAAUUUAGAGGAUUUUUCCAUGGAGUACGUUUGAUUGUAAAGGAAUAUGGUUUUAAAGGAGUAUACCAGGGAGUAGUACCUACAAUCCUAAAACAAGGAUCCAAUCAAGCUAUCCGUUUCUUUGUGAUGGAAACUCUUAAAGAUUGGUACAAAGGAGGCGACAAUACCAAAAGUGUUCCCAAAAUAAUUGUUGGCGUAUUUGGUGCGGUUGCUGGUGCGGCGUCCGUUUUUGGAAAUACACCCAUUGACGUUGUCAAAACUAGAAUGCAGGGAUUAGAGGCUGCGAAAUAUAAGAACAGUAUGGAUUGCGUAAUUCAAGUAUGGAAGAAAGAGGGUCCAAUGGCAUUUUACAAAGGAACUAUUCCGAGAUUGGGCAGAGUAUGUCUAGACGUCGCUAUAACAUUUAUGAUUUACGAUUCUUUCAUGGAACUAUUCAACAAAGUCUGGCCUUAGGUCUGUCACUUUUUUAUGUCGUAUGUACAUGUUACAUUGAGUCACAUCGAAGACAUUUUGUAAUUGUCGUUUUUAUGUUGAUAUACAUUUUAUAAGCAUAUUUAUAUUAUAUAUUUUUCAGAGUUUAUUUAUAUUUUUAGUCAAAGCACGAAAUCGUAUUUACGAAAAUAUCAGCAAUAAUUAUUUAUGACAGUAAUGCAUUAAAAUUCGCAAAACAUCGCAAGUAUACUUGAUACAAGUCGAUAUUACGAUAUAGAUAGAGCAUUUAUGUUCUGUAUAAUAGAGUAAUAUGGACUAUAAUCUCCUCGACUAUAGUUACGCAUUUCUUUAACAUGCGACAGUAAUAUUAUUUUAAUCGUGGAAGUUUUGCGUUUUGUUGGUCGUUUUAAGUUAAUUCAUUUUACGUCGAACAACAUUCUGUGACAACAUACAUUCCCGUAUACACAUUCUUUCCAGGUAUAUAGAUAUAUCAUUUAUACAAACUUCAAUGGUGAGAAGAUAGUCUAUGUAUAAUAGUUAUAAGUCAUAUCAUACAUAUGUCAACACACGAAUUUAUAUAUACAGUGUUAAUGCCAGAAUAUAUUUAUGUACUAUUUUGUACAGAGAGAAAUAGCACUUAAUAAGUACUCAACUAAGUAGAUCAACAGUGAAACCUCCAACGAUUUUGUUCUUAAAUAAUACCUUGCGUCAAAUUAAACAUGAAUGUUUAAUGUUGCCAUGACACGCAAGAAUAAGAGAAUGU